UGCGGGGACGACCACGUGACCCUGCCGCCAUCUUUUUUUCUGGCGGACACUGAGGGCGGCGGCUUCUCCGCCCCAUUGCGCAGGCGCAUGCGAGGCGCGCAGGCGACAGUCCCCGGCGCCUUCUUCCCAGGCCCGGCCACCACAUGGCCCGCGUGCUCGUGGCGAAGAUGCUGGCGUGCGCCCUGAGCCCGCUGCUCCGGGGGAGCCCCGGGCCGGCGAAGCCCCGCGCGCUCUCCACUCUCCUGGCGGGACCUCUUCGCACCGCGGGGCCCGCGGGACCCUGGCCCCUGCCCGGCGGCCUCCUGCCCGGCCUGCAGCUUGCCCUGGGCUUCAAGACCAAGGGCGUCAUCAAGGAGCGCUGUCGGGACUGCUACCGGGUGAAGAGGCGCGGGCGCUGGUUCAUCUACUGCAAAACGAACCCAAAACACAAACAGAGACAGAUGUAGGUCUCCGCCGUAAAAUAAUGUGCAAGACUGUGUCCCUAUCUUGAGGAACGGUACUACCUCGUGGAAAGGAAAAUAAAAGUGAAGCAGUGCCUAAUCUAA